AUGAAGAAGGAAUCGGCUGAUGAGCUACUCAACUUGGUGGAUAGAUUCGAGCAGCACAUUUCUGUACUGAAGCGACUGGGAGAAGACACUGAUUCCUGGGAUUCGUUGUUAAUUUACCAGUUGUCAACCCGUUUGGAUCCACAUACGCAGAAAGAGUGGGAAAGCUAUUGUGCCCGGCUGGAUAGUGAUAAUAUUGCCAAUGUUCUUGGUGGUGUGGCAUGUGAUGAAGCAGAAGAAAAUGAUAUGCCGACAUAUGUAUCGAUGGUGAACUACCUUCAGAAUUAUGCCAGAGUUCUGCAAUGUGUUAAUCCGUCCCCUGGUUCCAGUCGAGAUCGUGAUCCAAAGGUGAAGCCAAUGAAGUCCUCAGUGCAUUUCAGCUCCUCGUCCUCCACCCAAGCCACAGAAUCUUUCCGGAGGUGUGAAAAAUGCAACCAGAGUCACUUCCUGUACCAUUGCCCUGAUUUCCAGAAGCUAUCUGAACAGCACCGGUUCGAGUUCGUGAAGUCGAAGAAGUUAUGUUCCAAUUGCCUCCGUAGCACAGAUCACUUUGCGAAGUCCUGUCAAAGCAAACCGUGCAACCGCUGUCCGAAGAAACACCAUACUCUUCUCCAAGGGGCACAGUUCAUACAACAGCCCUCUCCAGGUCCUCAAGUCAGUGGAUCUGUUACACUUGUUGCACAACCAUCUGCUCCAAAUCCUGUUCAACCGACUCCGUCUCCUGUAGUGAAUACUCCUGCACUGCCGUUGCAGAACCUGUCCCAACCUCUAAGGUUGUCCCCGGUUGUCGGUUCCCAUCCUGCACAAUGUUCUACAGCGCCAACAGUUCCUGCAAACCUGCAUUAUGCCAUGAUGGCAUGUGACAAGGAUAAUGUACACACUGCUGUUAUUCUCCCUACCGCACUGGUGGAAAUUGAGGAUGCUCAAGGUCGCAAAGUUCUUGCCCGUUGUCUACUCGACUCGGGGUCCCAGAGCCAUUUCAUCACGAAGGCUCUUUGCGAGAAACUACAACUCCCACGUACACGUGCUUCUGUUCCUGUUCUAGUGUGUGGCAUAGGUCAAUCAACCACCAAGGCCACGCACUCCGUUACCGCCAAGGUAUCGUCAAGAGUUUCUCCGUACGUUGUGGAACCGCAACUUCUAGUUCUACCCUCUCUCGCCAUCAAGCUGCCAGGAUCAACAAUCAGUACACAGAAUUGGCAGAUUCCUGAAACAGUGCGUCUUGCUGAUCCAACUUUCCACGUGUCGAAUGAAAUUGACCUAAUCUUAGGAGCUCAAUUUUUCUUCGAUAUCCUCCGCUACGGUCGUAUCCAGCUUGGUGAGCAGUUGCCAGUUUUGCAGAAUUCUGUCCUCGGAUGGGUCGUGUCAGGUCCCUGCACCAUUCGAGACCACGAUCAUGCUGAUCCUCGUUCCUGCCUAAUGAGUAGUGCAGUUCGUGUAGAAGAAAUGCUUCGAAAGUUUUGGGAGCUGGAAACCGUCCAUGAUACCAAGGGUUGGUCAGCCACGGAUAAGUUUUGUGAGGAGCACUUCCUGGCCAACACCACACGGACGCCGGAAGGUCGAUACGUAGUCAGGCUACCAAAACGUGAAGAACUCAUCGCUCAGUUGGAUGAUAACAUGUACCAGGCCACUAGACGCUUCUAUUCGUUGGAACGUUCUCUCAUGUCAGAUGCAAAGAAAAGGAAGCAGUAUCAUGAUUUCGUCACCCAAUACAUUGAAAUGGGGCACAUGCGUGAAGUUGCAGAAGAGGAACUGAACGUCAGACCACAGUUUAUCCUACCACAUCACGGGGACUUGAAACCUGAGAGUACAACCACCAAACUCCGAACCGUGUUUGACGCAUCCUGUAAAUCACGUUCGGGAUUGGCUCUUAACGACGUUAUGAUUCCUGGUCCCACAAUCCAGGAAAUGCUAGUGGAAAUAGUGCUACGAUUCCGAUUGUAUCGUUUCGUCGUGACCGCUGACAUUGAGAAGAUGUUCAGACAGAUUCUGGUCCAUCUCUUGGAUCAAUCGUUGCAGCGCAUAUUGUGGCGUGAUGACCCUGAACUCCGUUUGAAAGUGUACCAGUUACUCACCAUUACGUACGGUUUGAACAACUCGCCUUUCCUGGCAACUCGCGUUUUGCAACAGCUAUCCACAGACGAAGAACAGCGAUUCCCACACGCAGCAAGAAUUACUUGA